CAUGGCAAAAAACUACAGCACUAUCACUGAGUCCAUAAUAUAUAAUCCGCAUUUUCAUUCAUGAUUUCGUAACUUUGCAAGAUCAAUAUCCCUCAACCAUUAGUGUAUUGAAUGAAUGAUGGCAUCCCAAACUCUUAAAGAAAAAUUUGUGGAGCUACAAUCAAAGCAAACACCCCAAAAUUCACGACCCAAGAUACAAAGGGUGCCAUAUUACCGCAGAAGGAUGUCAAAUUUGGGGAAGCACUACACACCCAAGUUGUUGUCAAUAGGUCCUAUCCAUCAUGACAGAUCAGAUCUGAAGUUAGGAGAGAAGUACAAGCUUAAGUGGGCAGCAGAAUACAUAGAAAACACCGCACUUAAUCCAGAGGAACUACACCAAAAGAUUGCUGAUAACAUCGAUGAACUGAAGGGUCGUUUUAGCGAUGAUGUUUUAACUUUAACUGGAAAGUCUCUUGAAGGCUUUCAUAGCCUUGAAGAAAAGUUGUCGUGGAUGUUGUUCGUGGAUGGAUGCUCUUUGCUUUAUCUCUUGGAGAAAGGGCACAUGAAGAUUAAGGUUGGUCAACUGGUUCUUGUGAUGAUGGAUGUGCUUUUGUUGGAGAAUCAACUUCCUUACGAAGUACUCAAGCUAUUGUGGAAAAAUAACGAGAGUGAAUUGAUAAAAUGCAUGAUGAGUUUUCCCAACUAUCUUCGGAACAUACCAGGUGAGUCACAGUCAGAUAACAACAUGGAAGGAGAAGGAGAACAUAGUGUAUCAAUAAUAACAAAUGAGUCACAGUCAGAGACACCCACUCAUCUUCUAGAUCUUCAGCAUAAAGUCAUCCUCACUACAUCCAAGUCCAAGGGUAAGAUCCUAAAAUGGACCAGUCUGAAGAAGAAUGAGUUCAAACCGAUUACAUACAGGGGCAUAGAAGAUCUAAGAGCAGUAGGAAUAAGACUUAAGACAAGCGCAACAAGGAGGCCAACAGACGUAGAUUUCACUGCAGGAUGGUUUACUGCAAAACUGACUAUUCCUGUAAUCUAUGUGAACAACCUUGCAGCCUCUAAUUUACUCAACCUGAUAGCAUAUGAGAUGUGUCCAGAUUUUGACAACGACUGUGGGAUCUGUUCUUAUGUAGCUUUGAUGGACUCACUCAUCGACCAUCCGGAAGAUGUGAAGGUAUUGAGAUCAAAAGGGAUUUUGUGCACGGUUUGGAGUGAUGAGGAAGUUGCCAGUCUUUUCAAUAUCAUAGGUACUGACUUGGUAAUUAACAUAUUCAACUAUUUUGAAGUCCAAGUGAAAUUAAGUGACCAUUACUUUAAUAAAUACAAGAGUUGGAUAGCGCUGGGUUUUCGCACUUACUUCAACAAUCCUUGGACCGUUAUUGCCUUCCUUGCUGCAUUUACUGCCCUUGCUCUUACUUUCAUUCAGACAUGGUUUACGGUUCACCCGGCUAGCAAAUAAUGGUGGUUCGUUAUGACAAUGUUGUUUUCGUUAUGGCACUCAUCACUUCUCUGGAUUCUUAAUAGGUUGAAUUUUUAAUAAAUAAAUUUUAGGUUAAGUUUUCAUCGACGUCUUGACUAUGAGUAUGUAUUUCAAAGAUAAAGAGUGCCUUUCUCUUUGUGUUGUGUGUUUGAAUUAAAACAAGAAUAAAUUAAUAUUCUCAUUGAUGAUCUA